AUAAUAGAACAACGAGCAAUACUCCAUCUAUUAACAAUACCAAAAAACAUCCACCUCCAAUUUCAUCUUUCUCAUUCCAUAUCAACACCAUCGGCCACUGUCGAUCGACUGAUGAACUAAUGCCUCCUCUCCUCCCUUCUUCUUUCUCCACCAACAAUUCUAUGAACAAUCUUUAUUAAACCUCCAAAUCACCAACUCCGUCAUGUCUACCCAUUGACACUUUCCUCCAUUGAAAAAUCACCACCAACCAUUGAACUAGCUCUAUGAAAAUCAAUCGACCCGCCAUCCACACCAAACAAUAAAUUUUUUAUUUGGAUUUGUCGUCGAGGUUCUCCCUUUUUCAAAUGUUCUUUUUCAGAUAUUAAUUAAAGUUUUUUGGUAGUAAAAAAUGAGGGAAAAUAAAAGGGCGGGGUAAAGGAAAAGGGUUGAUGGAGCAAAGAAAGCGAAAGUUAUAUUUCUCUUUUAGUUUUUUUUUUAAAAGAUUAUUUUUAUAAAAUUUUUGGUAGGUACAUGCUCUAUAUGCGUGAAAUCAUACAUUUAUUUCAACUCAUCAAUUAAGUUGCCACUUAAGCUUUCAAGUCAAUGAUCAGAAAUGUUUAGAAUAUUGUGUUUCGAUGAGUUCACAAUUUGAAGAAAAAUCAAAGUAAAGAAAAACCCAUUUCGUCUAUAUUAAAUGCUUUGUUAUCUAAAAUGAACUUUUCCCAAAAAGAAAAGAAAAGAAGCUGGAAUGGGAUUCCUCCAUUCACAUUCCCCCAAUAUGCCACGUCACUAUCUAAUGUGGACCCAAAGGACCACUUUCACAUGAAAAGGCGUGUCCUCCACGCGACUGCCACAAGCCCUUAUAAAUACCCAUCCACAUUGUUCAGCCAUUGCCAGCAAUACAUACAAAGAGAGUUAAGGAAGAAAAAUAGAAUGCAAUCACUGCAGGAGAAGGCGUCGGAGUGGAGUGGGGUUGACCCCAAUGAUGCAUUCGCCAUUGAUGAAACUAAUCUCUUUGAAAAACUUGGCCUUCAGACUUUCAUCAAUCUCUCUACCAAUUUCUACAACAGGGUGUACGAUGAUGAGGAAGAGUGGUUUCGAUCAAUUUUCUCUAAUUCAAGUAAGGAAGAUGCUAUUAGGAAUCAAUAUGAGUUCUUUGUACAGAGAAUGGGAGGGCCUCCUUUAUACUCGCAGAGGAAAGGUCAUCCAGCAUUAAUUGGACGCCACCGCCUGUUUCCAGUCACUCAUAAGGCUGCUGAGAGAUGGCUACAACAUAUGCAACAUGCACUAGACAGUGUAACUGACAUUGAUGAAGAUUCAAAAAUUAAAAUGAACAACUUUUUCAGGCAUACUGCAUACUUUCUGGUAGCUGGAGAUGAGUUAAAGAAUCAAAACCAGGUUGUUGCAUGUAAGCAUGCUGCCAAUAAGCCAGCUGCAGAAUAAGCUUUUACAAAAAAUGAUCAAAGAAAUAACAGUGAUUAUUUCCUUAUAUUAUCUGAUCAAUCAAAUUUGAGAAUGUAUGUUCCCAACUAUUGAGCCCAACAUGAGAAGGAGCUACAAAUCCUUACUAUUUUGAGCUUAACUGACCUGUCCGUGUAACGUUCACAUCCUCUUGAUGCCUUUAAAUGAAUCUACUUCAUCAGAAAAAAAAAAAAAAAAAAAUUAUUGAGCCCUACA